CUAUAGGCUAAGAUGCAUCCAGUCCCUCUGUAGAUGGCAGCGGAUGUCGGGAGACGGGCCUACGGUAACAGCCGUGCUGGACUACAGCUACGGCAGGCGGGAGGCGAAGCUGAGGAUAAACGUAGAGGGGGGGAAAGAGGAGGAGAUGAGGGAGGACCCAAGCCUGCAGAUGGCUAUUACAGAGGCAAGAGACCGGGCAGAAAGGAGGUGCAGACGGGACGGGGUUACGGACGAGAUGAGGGUGACUGUCGCGUACCUGGACGAGAGGACAUCCACGGACACGGUGGAUCGGGAAGAACGACAUUUGGAUCGUGAUACUGAGGCCGAGAGCGAGGAGAGCGAUUUGGAGGCCACGACUCUGUCUCGGCGUGGGCUGGACCCGAGGCCAAGGGAUCACCCGCCUGCCGAGCCUGUGGAAAGGGGCCCGGAGGUCAGCUCUGCCCCACGGAAUUGACAAGAGGGUGGUGCGCGUCAAUGAAGGGGCCCAAGGUCA